AAUUUACAGUUUUCACCAAGAUGAAAUUGCACAAGGCAUCUAUAUCCCCUCCUCACUCUCCUCCGCUGGCCGCCAACGCCGCCGCAUAACCAAGUCAAUCUUCCCCCACCCAACCCCCCGCGCAGCCUCGCCGUCGGCAUGGGCGAGGAGAGGACGGAGGCGUGGUGGGGCCGGCGCGCGUGGGCGCUGCUGUCGGCCGUCCGCGCGCGGGCGCCGCUGGUGCAGUGCAUCACCAACCUCGUCUCCAUGGACAUCGCCGCCAACGCCCUCACCGCCGCCGGCGCCUCCCCCGCCAUGCUCCACUGCAUCCGCGAGAUCCCCGACUUCACCCCGCGCUGCCACGCCGUCUACAUCAACGUCGGCACCCUCUCCGAGGACUGGCUCCCCUCCAUGCGCGCCGCCGCCUCCGCCGGCCGCCCCUGGGUGCUCGACCCCGUCGCCGCCGCCGCCUCCCAAUUCCGGAUGGAGGCCUGCCUCGAGCUCCUCGCGCUCCCCCCCGCCGUCGUCAGGGGGAACGCGUCCGAGAUCCUCGCCCUCGCCGCCCGCUCAGACAGCUCCCCCACCUUCAAGGGUGUGGACAGUUCACAUGACUCAGGGGAGGUCCUGCAAGCCGCGAAAGCAUUGGCACGGUCCAGCGGCACAGUUGUCGCAGUAUCUGGAGCUGUUGAUUUCAUCACGGAUGGCGAGCAGGUCAUCAGUGCUAGCAAUGGUGUGGCAAUGAUGCAGAAGAUCACAGCGACAGGGUGUGCUGUGACUGCUCUUAUAGCGGCAUUUGUCGGGGCGGAUCCUUCCGAUGCUCUGGCUGCAGCAGCAUGUGCGCUCGCCAUCUUUGGACUCGCUGGAGAGAUAGGGAUGGAGUCAGCAAAAGGACCUGCCUCUCUCAGGAUGCAUCUCAUUGAUGCUCUCUACGGUCUCGACGAGCAGACCGUCACAUCUGGAGUAAAAAUUGCGCUGCUGCCGUAAUGCAUGUGUGCCGUGGCUAUCAGUGCUGUAGGAGAUACAGAGUCUGGAGUAAUCUGCAGGAUCAUUUUGCCUCCUUGGUGCUUGGAAAACCGUGAAGCAGAUCGUGUCAGAUUGGCUGUCAGAUCACUCAUCAAUAAUCCGGUGACCAUCCCGGCUGUAGUAAGUACGUACAUAGUUGUGAAUUGUGAUGUCACACAGAGAAUGAUGUUCAUAAAAUAAGCCAGUCGAAAUAAGGUGUUUGUGCUUCAA